CUGCGUUUAGGGCGUGGUCUCAGCUCAGGGCGCCUCAAGGAGACUUGGGGACGCCCAAACCACUCCUUUUGAGUGCCCUGGUGCUGCUGCCACCGCGUCGGUCUGCUGCGCUCCAUGAGGAAGAUGCUCGCUGCUGUGUCCCGCGUGUUGGCAGGUGCUGCGCAGAAGCCGGCGAGCAGAGUGCUAAUAGCUUCCCGUAAUUUUGCAAAUGAUGCUACAUUUGAGAUUAAGAAAUGUGACCUUCAUCGGCUAGAAGAGGGCCCUCCCGUCACCACCGUGCUCACCAGAGAGGAUGGGCUCAAGUACUACAGGAUGAUGCAGACUGUGCGGCGAAUGGAGCUAAAGGCAGAUCAACUGUAUAAACAGAAAAUUAUUCGUGGUUUCUGUCACUUGUGUGAUGGUCAGGAAGCCUGCUGUGUGGGCCUGGAGGCUGGCAUAAACCCCACAGACCAUCUCAUCACAGCCUAUCGAGCGCAUGGCUUCACCUUCACUCGGGGCCUACCUGUCCGAGCAAUUCUUGCAGAGCUAACAGGACGAAGAGGAGGUUGUGCUAAAGGGAAAGGCGGAUCGAUGCACAUGUACGCCAAGAACUUCUAUGGAGGCAAUGGCAUCGUUGGAGCUCAGGUGCCCCUAGGAGCAGGGAUUGCCCUGGCCUGCAAGUACAAUGAAAAAGAUGAAGUGUGUCUGACAUUAUAUGGUGAUGGUGCUGCUAAUCAGGGGCAAAUAUUUGAAGCUUACAAUAUGGCAGCAUUGUGGAAAUUACCUUGUAUUUUCAUCUGUGAAAAUAACCGCUAUGGCAUGGGGACAUCUGUUGAGAGAGCAGCGGCCAGUACAGAUUACUACAAAAGAGGAGAUUUUAUUCCUGGACUGAGGGUAGAUGGAAUGGAUAUCCUGUGUGUCCGAGAGGCAACAAAGUUUGCAGCUGCCUAUUGUAGGUCUGGUAAGGGGCCCAUCCUGAUGGAGCUACAGACUUACCGUUACCAUGGACAUAGUAUGAGCGACCCUGGAGUCAGUUACCGCACUCGAGAAGAAAUCCAGGAAGUAAGAAGUAAGAGUGAUCCUAUUAUGCUUCUCAAGGAUAGGAUGGUGAACAGCAAUCUCGCAAGUGUUGAAGAAUUAAAGGAGAUUGAUGUGGAAGUGAGGAAAGAAAUCGAGGAUGCUGCCCAGUUUGCUACAGCUGAUCCAGAGCCACCCUUGGAGGAACUAGGCUAUCACAUCUACAGCAGUGAUCCUCCUUUUGAAGUACGUGGUGCCAACCAGUGGAUCAAGUUUAAGUCAGUCAGUUAAUGGGAAACUGAAAUGGAUGGGUGUUGGGCGGUCAUCAUUCACUGUAAGAACAGGUAAUACCCAAACACAAAAGGUUUUGAAAACAUGUAAAUUAAGGAAGAGUAAGUUGCAUGUAGUUUGUAUGUUGUAUGCAGUGUAUCCAUGUGAAUAAGAGUGUAUUGGAUUUGUAUAGGAUUUGAAAUGGGUAUUGUAGAGUUUAUAACUUUCCCUCAUCAUAUCAUAUCCUAUAACAGUUACUAAAAGUAAUAACUGCCACUUUUUGUGGUGUGGUCAUAGAUAGUUAUAUGUCCUCGAGGAGGCAUGCUGGGAUUAAUGAAAUGCACUGGAAGAGGCGUAGCAGCCACCACCCUGCAUUGUGGAGGCUGACAUCUUGUUGUCACUGAUCAUCAUGUCUCUGAUCAAAGGCUAUAUAAAAUCAGGCAUUUUAAAAUAAUGCUACUUCAAAGGUAAAAUAAUUUAAUUUUCUCCAUUUAGACAUUUAACACACAUGAACUUGGACUCUCAUUGCAAGGCACACUUUAACUAACAUUUAAGUAUUAUGCUUUAUCUUUACAGCAGUUGCUAUAAGGUAUGUUAACUUUUUAAAUGAAAUAUAAUCCUAAGACUUCAAUACACUAACUAGAUCAUGGUUGAUGUUACAUACAAUCCUGUUUUCACACAAGGAUGACCUAAAUUAUACAUGCUUGAAUUAAGUAAACAGGGGUCCUUCUGUGUAAAUGCAGGAUUUGUGUGUACACGAACAGAAGCUUUGGCCAUAAGCAGGUAGGGUAUUUGCUUAUUCUCUCCAGCUUGGCUCAGUGUGAGGACUCUUGCAUUUGUCUUCUGUGCUGGGAGACUGCAUGCCAGAGUCUACAGAGGAUACCACCACUGCAAAACAGGAGUUUCCAUAAGAAAAGCAAAUUUGAAAAUAGUCACCUCACAAGUAAGAGAAAGCAAGUAUUUUAAUUAUUGUGUGUCUUUGUCUAGACUUGGUGGCACUGUGUAGAGGUGUGGGCAUUUAAACAAGAGUGGAAAGAUAAGAUUGGAGGAAGCUACCAGCAUUUUGUCAUAUUUCAUUUUUAAUAUUUCAUUUUUAAAAUGUUCACUAAGACCUAUUAUUCGAAGCAUUUGGAAGCUCUUACCGUAGUCUGAGGCACCUUAGGUCUUCCUUAGUAAUAUCAUUGAGAAUAUCAGAAAGUGUAUAAUCCUCUUCAACAAUCUGAAACAGUGAUUCAGUGUAUGAGAUAAGCAGUUUUUCAACAAUAUCAUAGGAAUACUUUGAUUUAGAAAUGUACCUUUUCUAUUGUAUUAGCAUCCGCUCCUUGUAGUUGCAACCAGUCUAUGAGCUCUCUGUCUGUUCCCAGUUCAUCAGGAGGUGCAGGAUUCUCUGUACCACCUAUGGUUCCAAUUUUGGUUUAUUGUAUAGUACUGUAUAACCAUAAAUUGCUUCAAAAGUAAAGUGGAUGUAAUGAUGUAUCGAAACAGAAUGUAAAUGUGAUGUCAAAAGGAGACAAAUAAAACUUUUUCGAUUCAGCUA